AUGAUGGAGGAACAAAAGCUCAAGAAGGAACUCGAUGAUGAGCUUGACAAGACGACAACAUCAAUCAACAACAUCAUCAAUGAGAUUGCCAACCUCAAUGCCAGACAAUAUUUAUUUAUCAAAGAGCUCCGUGAGCGGAUUCUCCAAACGGAAUCACAUCUCUCAUACUGGAAGGACUCAUGUUCGAUGUAUUCUUUGGACACUGGUGAGUGGACUGUGAUCAAUGACAAGUGCACACCAAGAGAGCGCAUAUUCAAUUCAGUUGUAUAUGCACGAGACAGUGUCUAUGUGUUUGGAGGUGAAGGAUCACCGAACACAUACUCUCGCUUCUCACUCAUCGAUCAGAAGUGGCACAAUGACCUGGAGAUCAUCGGUGUCGAUGGAGGCGAAAGCAUAUCAACAUGUUACGAUGGUGACAAUCUCAUCUAUCUGGUCGGUGGAUGCAACGAUGAUAUAGUAUUGAAUCGUGUUGAUUGUUUCAACAUUGACACUCAACAAUUCUCAACUGUUGGAAGAUUGAGCGUGGCUACCAGAGGAUCAUACUCAUUCGUCCGGAGAAACAAGAUUUUUGUCGUUGGUGGCCAUGUUGAUGUUUAUUGCGAUACCUCGCUCACAGAAGUCUUGUCAUUCUACACUCAGACCAAGAAAUGCUUCGUCCACUGCGAGACCGAAUUCAAUACAAAUGAGAGCCUCCUAACAUGUUACAAUGGAAUUGAUCAAGUGUACAUCACGGUCAAUCUGUGCGCCAAAAAUUCAUUACAACACUCUCAAUUGUAUUUGAGUGAGGAUGACGAUGGUGACAACCCCUUCAUCUUCACUCAAUCACAUGGAUUUGUUUCGCUUUGUGGAGGUGCAAACAGUAUCAGAUACUCAGUGUUGCAAGACAAAUGGAUAUCACUCAAUGGCAAUGACCCAGUGGACUCAAGAGAAAACUUUGGAUCAUGUCAUAUUUAUCAUUGA